CUUCAUGGCAGUCAUGGUAAACUGAGACUCACGGGUCAGAUGAAAUAGAUCUAGAUCUAUAUAGUCUAUAUGGAUCUAGUGAUCUAGAGGUAUUAAUGGAGGAGUUGGGAUACGCAGAAUCAGAUUUGAAUUGAAAUAAAAUAUUGAUAACUUUCAAUAUUUUUUGUAAUGUAGCCAUGGCACCGGAUAAUGACCUCAGUGUCAUUCACUUGCCAGAAAACAUUGUGCUACAGAUAUUAGGAUAUUUAUCUGUGAAAGAUCGGUGUAUUGCUGGGAGGGUUUGCAAACAAUGGAGGCGUAUUGUGAAGGACAAUUCCCUCUGGCGCCAUGUCAACUUGCUAGAGUAUCGACUAGAUCUACCCAAGAUGUGGAAAGUUUUCAGGGCUCAUUUCUCUCCUUGUCUACUGACUUUCAGGAUCAAAGGUUUUGCUCAUUCUGAUAGUAUUAAAAGGAAAAAACCUUCAUUGUCAGAUGCAAUGCUCAAAGAACUGUCCAUCAGAUGUCCCAAUCUCACUCUUCUAGAACUUCAUGAUUGUAAUACUGACAAUCUGACAUUUGAAAGUUUGCCGACCACAUUGACCUCACUUUUGAUCACAUAUUCCACCUGGCAGCCUCGGUGGCUCAAAGGUCAUCAUGGACACUUAACAAAACUUGAAAGCCUGGACCUCAGCAAGUCUGUAAGGGUAGACAACCUUGACAUUGAAGAUAUUGCCAAGUUGACCAACCUUAAGGAGCUUUCUCUCAGCGGCUGCUACAGAAUAGAUGGUUCCAACUUUGAACUCAUUGCCAAAAAUCUAGUCCGUCUGGACAAAUUAAAUAUCAGUUACACGGGUGUCGAUGAGCUAGCCAUUCAUCAUAUCAGUCGUCACAUGAAGUGCCUGCAGGAACUUUACAUUUCUCACUGCCCCAAUAUUAAUGACUCAAGUUUAACUCUAGUGGCUACAGGAUUAAGUAAGCUGCGUAUCAUAGAUGUUACACACUGUGAAGAAGUGACAAUCACUGGACUGGAAACUCUGUCGACUCGGCGGCAGUUGAAAAUAAUAACCUGUGUAAACGAUGUCACGUUGUCUGAUUUCAGACAAAAGUUGUCUAAAUGAUUUGGUAACUGUACUAUAAACAAAAUGAACAUUUUAUAUUUUUAUAACUGCUUCUUAGCAAAUAGACUUUAUUUUGUUUAUCUUUGAUCCUGUUAUAACACAGACAUUGAUGUUGAGUUGUUAUUUAAUAUUGUCAAUUUCUAUUGUCAGUUAUAUAAACUAUGAAUUUGAUUUUUUUUUACAAUGUAUUUACAAUCAACUUCAUCUUACAUUUAUUAUUGUACAUUUUAUCAUCUAUGGUUUUCAUUUAUUAUUGUAAGCUAUAUGAACUUAAUUUAUUAUUGUUGAUUAAAAUGACUCUGAACUGUGAUAUAAGAAUUGUUUUACUUAAAAUUUGCUGUAAUAGUGUAGGAGUCCAGAUUCUUUGUCAGUUUUUGUUUAACUGGUUCUCUAAAAUCCAAUACAGAGAUAGUGGUUUCAUACAUUUCUCUAAUUUAACAUCAUCGUUACAACUGGGUCAGUUUGUAACUGGGUCACAAUGUAAAAAAAGCAUUCCUAUUUGGUCCCUUGAAAUCACAUCACAUCAUGAAGUUGCAAUGGAUCAGUACCAUUUGAUUCAACAGUGUUUUGGCGGUGGUGUGGCUGGUGAAACAUUAAGAAAAUUUAUAUAGUUACCCCCGGGUCAAAAAAGGUUAGCACAAUUAUAUUCCAUUAUUUACACAAUUAUUUACACAUUAACAUUCUUUGUCUAUGUGCAGCCAUGUUGUCUAUCUUGCUUUAGCAACUUAUCAGUGAAGUUGAACCUUCAAUUUGGUUGUAUGUAAUACUGCUAGCAUGCUUACAGCAAUGUGAUUUAAAUUUCAUUUGUGAACAUAGGCUUCACUGCUGCUAAGCUAUAUAAUAGUAAUGUGGAUUAUUUCAUUUGUCAACACAGGCUUCACUGCUGCUAAGCUAUAUAAUAGUAAUGUGGAUUAUUUCAUUUGUCAACACAGGCUUCACUGCUGCUAAGCUAUAUAAUAGUAAUGUGGAUUAUUUCAUUUGUCAACACAGGCUUCACUGCUGCUAUGAAAUGUAACUUCAAUCCAGAGUAAGAAUAAAAAUCACAGCUUUAGUCAGGAUUUUAACUCAAAGACACUUUUAGUGCUAAACACUUAUUUAGACUUUUAAAAAAUCUUUCAGUUCUAGCCUUAGAUAGGGAGAGGAAGGGUGUCAUGUGUAGUUUAAUGGCCACUAGUUCUUUAGGACUGACUUUAGGGAUAAAAUAAUAUAUUCUUUUCUUAUUUCUAAUUGUUAUAAGAGUUUGAAGUCUAUGACUCUUGGAACUCUCAGCCUAUGGAAGCCUUUCUUCAUUCACUUGUCAGAACAAACUUCUCUUUGGGGAAAGAUCCAAGCAGAUGUAAAUUAUUACAUUCCUAUAAUUGAUGGCUCAUAUCCCGGGAAGCUCGGAAUAUAAGCGAGUGACACCGGGGGAACCUCCCCGUAUUCCUUCUCUGUACUAUAUCAGCCAGGCAGGUGUCCAUGGCCACAAAAACGUUUUUGAGGAAUAGUGUGUGGAUAGUGACAUAUAUUUAUUGGGGCGUUCUUCCAUCCCUGCCAGUGCAAUGGAUUCGGUUCUUAGGCACCCCAACAUGGUUUUUGUUUUUUGCUUCCCUAUUGGCCUAAUCAUCUCCUGUACCAUUUCCACCUGAGCAUCACAGUGAGGCUGAGAAACAUUGCCCAGGAUAACAUAGUCUAUAUUUACUCUAUAAGAUGGUAGUAGUCUGUGUGUUGAGUUUAUUGAAUAGAUUCUAACUAGAUAUGAUUUGGAUGUAAUUAAUAAUUACUAAAUGGUUGAGUUUAAUUGAACUGAAUGGUGAGGUCAUUAGACUGAUACCUUGUACAAUUACUUCAGGCAUUUGUUGCUAUACUACUGAGUUCAUGUGUGAUUUCUAAAAUGCCUUGUAUGACUGUCACGUGAAUGUGUGUAUAAUCUAUUUUUACUUAUAUAUGCCAGUUGGAAUGUAUGGAUGAAUGAAUUAAGUCUUUUAAGUUUUAGACUAGGACUGAGGCCAAUGUGUGCUAUGCUAUCAAAUGUAAUAAAGUCUUGUUUAUGCCUUGACAA